GGUUAGGUCGAAAUCACUUAAUGUUUAUGUUUUGAUAUUUUUUUAUUUUCCGUUGAUGAAACAACCACAGAAUACUAAUAAUAAACAACCAACUGAACACUUAUCAGGGACUAUUUGAAACUAUAGGCAGUAUUUAUUACUUGAUGAUAGGCAUUCUCUUCACCUUGUGUGUGUAUUCAGAUGAUGGGCGAAAUAGAAAAAAAAAUUCAGAAAGACAUCACUAUAUUGAAAGAAUUUCUUCCUGAACAUAAAAGGACGUGGGAAAAAUUGUUGCAAGAAAUUAAAACUCUUCUUCCAAUAUUAACCAAUCAAAGUGAAGAAAUCAUACAUGUCGAAAGUGUAAACAGUUCGAAUGAUGAUUAUUUACGCCAAAUUCAAAGUGAAUUAAUUGUCUGUAUUGACCGAGAAAUAGAUAGGACAUUCUGUCAGCUGAAGGAUAAAAUAACUAAUCUUAAACGAGUUGACAAUGAAGCAAAGAAUAAAAUUGACAAAUUAGAGGAAUCCACUACAUGGUUGGAUUGGACAUCAAAGUCAAAAGUCAUUUGUGGAAGUACCAUCCAACCACCAUUGAAGGAAUUAUUAAUGUAUUGUCGCAUUUACAGAACAACUUUUAUAGAACAUUCUGAAAACAUUUUUCAUUUAUUUAGUAAUCUCAAUGUGAAAAACAGGGAAUCAGUGCAAGCAUUCAAAAGGUAUUUCGAGGCUAAUUUAAUUGCUUCUGAUGAUAUAUCAUUUUUGCUGCAGAUGUUAAAUAAUAUGUAGAAUGGGAAAUGAAGCCUCAAAAAUAUGAGAUCAAUCAAUUAAUUAGCCUCAAAAUAAUUCUUGAAUGCCUGCACCUAUUCAGAGUAGAGUAUUGUUGUGAUAAUAAUAAAACAUUAAGCAAA